GAUUCUUAAACCCUCGUUACUCUGAACCGAUCUUUUUCCAGCGACUUCAGCAAUUCCGCCUGCUUCUGCACGCGAUGGCGAUUAUCUCCGAGUACGAAGAGAAGGAAGAAAUCUCAAAGCCAAAGAAGCCUUCCUCCUCCUCCUCUCCAUCAUCUUCUUCAUCGGCUAAGCCUUCUCAGUUCAAUGCCAACUUUGACCCUUCAAAUCCUCUAGGGUUUUUGGAGAAGGUCUUCGAUUUUCUUGCCAAUGAGACCGAUUUUCUCUCCAGGGAUAGAGUCGAGAAGGACAUUGAGACGGUUGUGCGGAGAGCUGUGGAGAAGAGAAAGAAGCAUGAGGAGUCAUUUGAACUUAAAGGAAAGGCUGAGAAGAGGAUUAAGGAGGAGGUGAGGAGUAUCAAGCAGGAGGUGAAGGCCGUGGCAUCACCGCCGGAAGAGAAAUUGGAUGUGAAGUUGGAGGAGAACACCGAGGAGGAGAAGAAAGAGGCGAAUGGGCCAAGAGCUCCCAACAGAGGUAAUGGCCUUGAUAUGGACAACUACUCUUGGACACAGUCCCUCCAAGAAGUCAAUGUUAAUGUACCUGUACCCAAAGGAACUAAGGCCAGGUUUGUGGUUUGUGAGAUCAAGAAGAAUCGUCUCAAAGUUGGACUAAAGGGUCAACCACCAGUGAUAGAUGGAGAGCUUUGUCAUAUUGUCAAGCCAGAUGACUGUUAUUGGAGCAUAGAGGAUGAGAGCAUCAUUUCUAUUCUUUUGACCAAGCACAACCAAAUGGAGUGGUGGAAAUAUUUAGUGAAAGGUGAUCCUGAGAUUGAUACUCAGAAAGUUGAACCUGAGAACAGCAAACUAUCUGAUUUAGAUCCAGAAACACGACAAACGGUUGAAAAGAUGAUGUUUGAUCAAAGGCAGAAAUCUAUGGGACUCCCAACCAGUGAUGAGAUGCAGAAGCAAGAGAUUCUUAAGAAGUUCAUGUCCGAGCAUCCGGAGAUGGACUUUUCAAGGGCAAAGAUAUCAUAGAUGGACAUGCCUGAUUCCAUGACGUAUAGAUAAGAGAAUCCAAAGAAGAAAAAAACCAAAACAUUUAUAGUUUAGUUUUUGUUCAGGGCUGGAAAGUUUUAUGUUUUUUUAGGGAGUUUUGAAUUAUCGUGUCGGUUCUUUAGUACUAGGGAAAAUGAGGGCCUUUACUAGGUAUGAGAAUGGUAGUGUGAACAUAUUCUCAUUGAUUUAUGAAACAUGAUUUUGGUAUGAUGUGUAUGGAAUUUUCAUCCUCUUAUUUUUCAUGAUAAUUUAAAUGGGCUUUUCUCUGAUGAUCGGCCAA